CAGUACGGAAGAGAAAGACUAACAUUAGUCACAGAAUUUAGUCUCAUAUUUCAGUAAAAUGUUCAGCAUGUGUGUCGUUCUGCUCGUCUUUUCCAACAUCUCUACAGCUGUUGUUGGUGCUCCAGAAACAGUCACAGGACACAGAGGAGAGAGAAUAGAUAUCAGAUGCAGAUAUGAAUCUGGAUAUAAAUCGAAUUCAAAGUAUUUAUGUAAAGGAGAGUGUGUCUUUGGAUUUAAAAACAUUGUGGUUAAAUCAGGAUCUCCAGCUAAAGACAAGAGAUUCUCUCUGACUGAUGACAAGAGGACCAGAGUUUUCACCGUCAGCAUCACUGACCUGAGAACAGAGGAUACAGGACGAUACUGGUGUGGUGUGGAGAGGACUUUAGCUGAUGUCUAUACAGAGAUUAUGUUGCUGGUUAAAGAGGAUAAGGAGACUGCAGAGGUUUCAACUAUCAGCUCUUUUUCAAACACAGCGUCAUAUUUCAGCACAACAGAGAUAUAUCCACGAUCCAGCAGCAUCACAAUCACAGAAAGAAAAGAAACAAUCACAGAUCAGCACACAUCAGCAGGUCUGUCUUCUGUUGCUGGCGGUCUGGGUUCGGUUCUGCUCGUUCUGGUUCUGUGUUCUGGAACGUUCCUCAUCCUCAAAAAGAGGAAGAGGAAAUCUGGGACAGGUUUAUUUCAGCAAAAUGUGCAGCACAAUACAGAGAGUGUCCACAUGUAUGAGAUUGUAAACAGUGAACCCGGACCAUCUGAUGUCAUCACUGCAAUGUCUUCAUCCAAUCAGAUGCCUGCAUCACACCUCAACACCUGCCCACAAGACUCUGCUGUUUAUGCCACAGUAACCAAUCAGCAGCCUGAUUCAAACCCCAGUCACAUCCACUCGACCAAUCAGGUGACGGAUACAGACUGUGAUUAUUAUGCUAAUAUGAAGCCGCCUGAUCCAACAACAGACAACAGAACAGAUCUGAUCUACUCAACAGUGACACGUCCACAAAACAUCAAGACCAACGACGGCCCGAUAUACUCACUGAUCAAACAUAAAUAAUAAAAAAAGAGUUCCAAAGCUUCUUCAUCAACAUCUGCACUGAUGCUCAAAGUGAAAAGAAAAAAAAAAAUGGUGCAUGCUACAUAUUUUUAAUAAAUCAAUAAGUUGACAGACUUUUUUUUAGUUUUAUUAGUAUUUUAAAAAUGGUGUAGUUUUACUAACAAGAAAAGUGAACUUAAGUAUUCUUUGUAAAUUAUUCUAAGUAAAUCUCAUUUGCAGUUAAAUAAAAUGCAAAUGUGGAUAAACUUAAAACAUUUUAGACACUGUUCUCAGGUGUAUUGUUCAGGUCUGUAUUAAGCACUGUUCACUUGUGCUUGGAUCAAUGAAAACUUCUUAACAGCGAGUGUGAACAGGGUCUGAAAUCAGCUCCAAACUAACAGCCCUGCUGAAACAAAGUAUGAGGGACGAUACUGGUGUGGAGUGGAGAGGACUAUAGCUGAUGUCUAUUCAGAGAUUAUGUUGCUGGUUAAAGAGGAUCAGAUUCAACAAACCACCAGCAUCAAAACCACAGAAAGAAAACCCACUAUCACAGAUCAGGACAGCUCCUCAACGGGUGAUGUCUGGAGCACAGAGUCUGUCAUCUACGUCUCUGUGGGGUUAGUCCUCGUGAUGAUCAUCUUCCUCGCUGCGCUGACGGUGUUGUGUAGGAAGAGAAGGAAGAAAUCACCAAGAGUUACACAAUCUGGGCUUUCACCACAAGGUCAAGAACCUA